AUGGCCUACCUGAGCGCCGUGGUCCGAAGAACUGCCUCCCGCCAGAUGCCAGCCUCUGGGAGAAACAUCCGCCUCAGGUGCUUCAGCAGCGGGGCGGGCCAGACGACAGAGAAGAGCGUCCCUUACCACAAGACUCUGAAGGAAGAAAGCUCUCAAGGCAAAGGGCCGACCAGGCCGCUCCCGAAAUCAGCCAACGUCGUGGUGGUGGGUGGAGGCAGCUUGGGAUGUCAGACCAUCUACCACCUGGCUAGGAUGGGGGUGAGCGACGUGAUCUUACUGGAAAGAGACCAUCUGACGUCGGGGACCACCUGGCACACGGCCGGUCUGCUGUGGCAGCUGCGUCCCAGUGACGUGGAAGUGGAGCUGCUGGCUCAUACUCGCAACGUGGUCAGCAAAGAUCUGGAGGAGGAGACGGGUCUGCACACAGGAUGGAUUCAGAACGGCGGGCUCUUCAUCGCCUCCAACAAGCAGCGGCUGGACGAGUACAAAAGACUCAUGUCUCUGGGUAAGGUCUAUGGCAUAGAAUCCUACGUCCUGUCCCCUGCAGAAACCAAGGAUCUGUACCCGCACAUGAACGUGGAUGAUCUUUAUGGCACACUUUACGUUCCUAAGGAUGGCACAAUGGAUCCUGCUGGCACCUGUACAACCCUCACCAGGGCAGCUACUGCCAGAGGCGCUUCGGUAAUAGAGAAUUGCCCAGUGACCGGUAUUCAAGUCAGAGCCGAUGACCUGGGUGUGCAAAGGGUAGCUGCAGUGGAAACAAACUAUGGGACCAUCCAGACUCCCUGUGUGGUGAACUGUGCAGGAGUGUGGGCCCGAGCCCUGGGCCAGAUGGCUGGUGUAAACGUGCCCCUGGUGGCUAUGCAUCAUGCAUACGUGGUGACGGAGCGGAUAGAGGGCAUUCAGAAUAUGCCGAACGUUCGCGAUCAUGACGCCUCGGUGUAUCUCCGUCUCCAAGGCGAUGCCCUGUCCGUGGGCGGAUAUGAGUCAAAUCCAAUAUUCUGGGAGGAGGUAUCUGAGAAAUUUGCCUUUGGCCUCUUUGAUCUGGACUGGGAUGUGUUCAUGCAGCAUAUUGAAGGUGCAAUAAACAGAGUCCCGGUGCUGGAGAAAACCGGAAUUAAAUCCACUGUCUGUGGGCCAGAAUCGUUUACUGCCGACCAUAAGCCCCUCAUGGGGGAAGCGCCAGAAGUCCGAGGCUUUUUCCUUGGCUGUGGCUUCAACAGUGCGGGGAUGAUGCUCGGAGGUGGCUGUGGGAAGGAAUUGGCUCACUGGAUAAUUCACGGGCGUCCCGAAAAGGAUAUGUACGGCUAUGAUAUCAGGAGGUUUCACCGCUCUCUCACUGCCAACAACCGCUGGAUCCGGGAGCGAAGCCACGAGUCGUACGCCAAGAACUAUUCGGUCGUCUUCCCCUACGACGAGCCGCUGGCCGGGCGCAACAUGAGGAGGGACCCCCUGCACGAGGAGCUUCUCCAGCAAGGCUGUGUGUACCAGGAGAGGCAUGGCUGGGAGAGACCCGGCUGGUUUAAUCCGCGGGGUGCAGCUCCGGUUUUGGAUUACGACUACUAUGGUGCUUAUAAUCAAAAGCCCCACGGCUCCUACCUCUAUAACCAACUGCUAGGGGAUGAAUACACCUUUGAUUUCCCACCUCAUCACGACAUUAUCAAGAAUGAAUGCUUAACCUGCAGAAAUGCGCUGGCUGUCUUUGACAUGUCUUAUUUUGGCAAAUUCUACCUGGUUGGUCCUGAAGCAAGGAAGGCGGCCAACUGGCUGUUUACUGCUGAUGUUAGCAAGUCACCAGGACUGACUGUUUACACGUGCAUGUUAAACAAAUGUGGCGGCGUUGAGAGUGAUCUGACAGUCAGUCAAAUCAGCCCUGGGACCCAGGUCUCUUCAUUGACCCCAGCAUUUGAAGGGGAUGGCUAUUACCUGGCUGUUGGUGGAGCUGUUGCUCAGCACAACUGGUCGCACAUCACCACGGUGCUGCAGGACAUGAGGUUGCAGUGCAAGCUGGUGGACUGCUCCGAGGAGCUGGGAAUGAUCAGCAUCCAGGGGCCGGCAAGCCGUAUGGUCCUUCAGGAGGUUCUCGACGCCGAUCUCAGCAACGAGGCCUUCCCUUUCUCCUCCCACAAGCUGGUGAAGGCAGCAGGAUGCACGGUACGAGCCAUGAGGCUGUCGUUUGUGGGUGAAAUGGGCUGGGAGCUGCACGUGCCCAAGCAGGACUGUGUGCGGGUUUACCGGGCUGUGAUGAAGGCAGGGGCCGGGCACGGCAUUACCAACGCCGGGUACAGAGCCAUCGACUCCCUCAGCAUUGAGAAAGGGUACAGGCACUGGCACGCGGAUCUGCGUCCUGACGACUCCCCCCUAGAAGCAGGCCUGGCCUUCACUUGUAAACUCAAGUCCAGCAUCCCCUUCCUUGGACGGGAAGCUCUGGAGACCCAGAAAGCAACGGGAGUCCUCCGGCGCCUGGUCUGCUUCACCAUUGAUGAGAAGGUGCCUAUGUUUGGACUGGAGGCCAUCUGGAGAAACGGCAAAGUAGUCGGACACAUCCGGAGGGCGGAUUUUGGAUUUGCCAUCAACAAAACCAUUGCCUACGGGUACAUCCGGAACCCUGAUGGAGGACCAGUCUCCCUGGAGUUUGUGAAGAGUGGUGAAUACAUGCUGGAGAGGAUGGGAGCUACCUAUCCUGCCACAGCCCACACCAAGUCACCGUUCGAUCCGGAAAACAAGAGAGUGAAGGGGAUCUAUUGA